AUGGCCGCCAAAAAGCCAACUAACUGGUGGCUCUGGACCAAGAUGUUGAUGGGUGGUGCAGCAAUCUGCGUCGGCGGUCCCGCCUUCACCUACUGGCUCACCCCGACAGACGAGGAGCUCUUCCAGAAGUACAACCCGGAGCUGCAGAAGAGAAGUCUGGAGCGCAGGUUCGAGCGUCAGCAGGAGUUUGACGACUUUGUUGUUAAGCUGAAGGAGUACUCCAAGAGUGACAAGCCGAUCUGGACGGUUCAGGCCGAGGCCGAGGAAAAGGAGAGACAGCAGAGGGCGUCGGUGCAGAAGAGCCUGGCGUUGGCAGAGGAGGUGAAGGCUAGGAAAGAGGCUAUGAGGCGUGAGGCCGGUCUUCCGCUUGAGAAGUAA